CAGUAGUUUCUCUCUGUUUUUUUAUUUUGGAAAACUAUUUUUCUGAGCACGUUUUGAAAAAAAUGCCAACUUAAAUUAAAUUUUUGAAUACAAGCAUCUUGGAUUUUUUGGAUUUAUCUGGAAACCUUUUGGAAAAGAAUGGAAAAUAGAAUUUUUAAGAACAAUGAAUCCUUUGCUUAUCCUGAAACAAUAAGCUCAGAACUAGAAAAAAAUUUUAGGGUCAUGGAUUAUCCUGGAAACUCUGAUUCAUCUGUUCCUUCCGAAAUACCUAAAUUUCGCCCAAUUCAAUUGAAUAAAUUAACAAAAAAUGCUUCGAAAUCUGUAUCAGCUGAAACGAAUCGAAUAAAAUGCUCUUCGCCCACUAAAAUUCUCCCAAAAAAAAUUUUUGAACUCGCCGAAGAACCUGAAGAAAAAAAAGACAAUUCAAUGGUGGAGGAAAAGACCCUCAUUGAAAUUGGUUUCAAUCCAAAUAAAAUCGACGACUGGGACGAAAUUGAACAGCCGAUAAAGCAGAACCUCUAUGGACUACUUAAAGACAUGAUUGAUAAUUAUACCAAAACAAACGUUCAAAUACAAAUUGGAGAUGCUACCUUCAACUGUCACAUGAUGGUUUUGCAAUGUUAUUCUGACUUCUUCAUGGAAUGCAGCAAUGAAGCAGUUAUACAAAUUCCACCCGAAAGGGUCACUCCUCAAGCAUUUAUGAUGGUAUACGAUUGGAUGUUAUCCACUGAACCAUCAGUGCAGCGAGAGGGCAUUGUGGAACUCUUUAAUGCUGCAAACUUUUUGAAAAUCAAAGGUCUAGUAGACCAGUGUUGGGUGUGUCUGGACGAUGAUAUCCGAUUUAAAGAAGACACUGCGUUUCUUUUGUAUCUGGAUUCGAGGAAUUAUGGUUUAGAAACGUUACAACACCUUAUGAUGACCAGGAUUUGUAAGUUCUUUCUUACAUUAGUCGCUUCGAAGGAUUUUUUACUUCUCAGUGCUAAAGAAGUUUGCACUCUCCUAAGCUCAAACUUCAUUGGAGUGAAUUGCGAAGUUGAGAUUCUUAUGUCAGCUGUUCGAUGGUUAAACUACAAUUGGAGCGAUCGCCAAUGUCAUAUGCUUGAUGUUAUCAAGUGUGUUAGAUUUGGCCUGAUGCCUCCGUGGAUGCUGGUAGCUUUGGGACGUGAUAUUGAUUGUGAAGAGGUUCAUAAAGUAAUAGAUAACCCAAUAGUUAAGAAAUUGAUUGAAGAUGGACUAUCUUAUUCAACAACACAGUUGUGUCAUUCCAAUAAUGUGGAAAGCUUUGUUGCAUUCAUGGAGCGUUAUAAACUCACAAAACCCAUUGAAAGACAGUGGAUCUGCGAUCAGGAAUGUGUAUUUCAUCAUAGAACAGAUUGCCCCAAUAGACUUUACAUAACUUAUAAGUCAUUUCUGGAGUAUUUAGAAAUGAUUCGAAUAAAGGGCAAGGAUCAUUGGAAGACAUUGCAUGUGAACCAACAAGAGGGUGUUAAUUUUCAAUGCUGUCUUCCAAAGACUAUUAGUGCUUCUGAUAGCCAAGAUUGUACACAGCGUUAAAAUUCUUGAAAUAAUAGAAAUCUAACGAAUAUUAUAUACGAAUAAAAUUUCCAACGUAUAAAUUAUUUUCAA